UUCUUAUAUCUAUUUCUUGUCUUCAAAACAUGGGCUUUAGCGAUAAGUAUUUCUUCGUGAAGGUGACGGGCAAAGUGAUUGUGCAUGCAGAAGAACCAUGCAAUGACCACUGGUUACCCUUUACCAACUUGGAUCUGCUUGUGCCACCUUUCGAUGUUGGCUCUAUUUUCUGCUACAAGAAACCCUCAAAUGGCAGUUUCUCCAACAAGCUAAACAUACUCAAAGCUUCCUUAUCUCGUGCUCUUGCACUUUACUACCCCCUCGCUGGCGAGAUCCGAUGGAAUGCAGCGGCUGGAGAGAAUCAAAUCCGAUGCAAUAAUCGAGGUAUUGACUUCGUUGAAGCGGUUGCGGAUGUUGAGCUCAAGGAACUCAAUUUGUACAAUCCUGAUGAGAGCAUUGAAGGUAAAUUGAUGCCCAAGAAGCUGCAUGGAGUGCUUGCAAUCCAGGUUACAGAGUUAAAAUGUGGAGGCAUAGUGAUAGGGUGCAUGUUUGAUCACCGGGCAACUGACGGGUACUCAGCCAACAUGUUUAUCUCAUCAUGGGCGGACAUGGCUCGCUCGGAAACCCCAUCUAUGAUACCCUCUUUUCAAAGGUCCAUCAUCAAUCCAAGGUGCCCAACCACAUAUUCACCAUCAAUCAAUGAUGUGUUUUCUUUAUUUGAACCACCAACAAAGCAAGACCAUGAUGGAGAUGAUAUAAACGGUGAUCAUGUACUCAUUAGCCGCAUAUAUUACAUUGAGGGCGAUCAGCUUAGCAAACUACAAUUGUUGGCAAGUGAAAAUGGUAAAAGGAGGUCAAAGCUAGAGGCAUUCACCUCCUUCUUGUGGAAGAUAGUUGCACUGAGCAUGGAAGACUCAGGAAAACACAACAAAUUAUGUAAUGUGGCUCUUGCGGUUGAUGGACGAAGUAGGUUGAGUGAGGGAGAUGGAGAAGAGAAGAAAACACUAAUGUCUUCUCACAUUGGCAAUGUUUUAUCAAUGCCAUAUGGGUCGAAAAGAUCACAGGAAUUAAAGGAAAUGCCAUUGAGCAAUAUAGCUACAGAAGUUCAUGAGUUCUUGCACACAGCCACCAAUAAAGACCAUUUCUUGGACCUAAUAGACUGGGUGGAAGAACGUCGCUCACAACCUCUAAUAGCAAAAGCAUUUGCGAGCAAUGAAAUGUCAGUGUUGGUGUCAUCAGGAACUCGGUUUCACACCAUGGACAAAAUGGAUUUCGGAUGGGGUAAGGUGGUGUUUGGAUCAUGUCAUCUUCCGUCUAGCAGGAACGAUUGUUAGUUUGUUACGUGAUGACAUUAACUAGUCCAACCAACAGCAAUGAUUGGGUUGUGUACAUGCAUCUACCAACGAAACAAAUGAACUACAUUGAGUCCCAUGCUGGUCACAUGUUCAAGCCCUUAAAUUCUAAUUACCUCCAGAUUUAGCAAAUGUCAGUGGCGGAACUAGACCUUCAACUCAGGGGUAUCCCAAAUUUUUUUAGGGGUGUCCUCGUACUUGUUCAGGGGUGUCCUAUGUAUAAAAAUCGGGAAAUUUUUUUUUUUUUACACUACUGGUAAAAACUUGAGCCGUAGCCCGGGCUACGCCCGUUUACACUACAGGUCCGCCCCUGGCAAAUGUUAUCCUACUCUUUACACUUAUAUUGGUUUGCUUUAUGCUCUAUAUUGAAAUAAUUUCUUUAGUGUUCCCAAUUAUGAAUUUAAAUCAAAUCUUUGUUUAUUGUG